CGCAGAUGCAGCCGAGCGUUAAGAGGAGGAGAAGAGUCGCGGUAGAGCUUGGGUGUAGAAGGUGGUGAUCCAGUUUACACUUUAACAACAUCUCACUGCGAAGUCAGGGAAAAAAACCGAGGAGUUGAUCAGACGGCGUCCAGCGUUUCCUCACCUGAAGUGUCCCUUACGUUACCUGGACCAGAGAGCGUCUCUACUGGGAGACUGGAAGAAGAAAAAGCACUUGACAGACUUCUUUUUUUCUUUUGCCUGAGGCCAAACAGUUGAUAUAUAUAAAGCUGAGUGAAGGACACUGACACGCUGAGAAGUGGAACCUGUGUGUGCAUGUGAAGCAUGGAGGUCUAUACUACUUCGAGGAAACUUGCUUUGCUCUCCUUCACCUUUCUGUUGGGACUCUCAGGCAUAUGGGCCCAGAUGCAGCUGCCCGAAGUGGUGAUGAGUGUGGUCAAGGGUCAGUCGGUGGAGCUGAAGGCCUCAUAUAGCUCGGGCGGUGACCCGAGCACUAACACCAUCCUCUGGAACUUUUUUUCCAACAACACCCAACUGAUCAUCACCUACACCAAGGGCUCCGUGAGAUUUGGCAAGUCCCAGUUCAAGGGCCGGGUUGGUUUCAGAGAAGAGAUGCCCACACGGGACGUGACACUGUACAUCAACAACACCCAGGAGUCCGACUCAGGACGCUACACCUGUCAGGUCAUCAUGCCGGACAGAGACGGCCUCACUGGUGAGAUCACUCUGGAUGUGAAGGUCCCUCCUGCUGUUCCUAAGUGCUCUCUAUCAGGGAAGCCGGUGCUAAAAGGAAACGUGACUCUGAGCUGCAAGUCCAGCAGUGGGAAACCCAUUCCUAUGUACAAGUGGCAGAAAACCAGCCCCACCUCUGAGGUCUUCUUCUCACCCAUGCUCAAUGAUAAGGCCGGCACCCUGAAGCUGAGCAACCUGAGCAGUAACAUGUCGGGGAAGUACGUGUGCACAGCCAGCAACUCGGCCGGAUUCGAGACCUGCUUCAUCAACCUGGAGAUCAUUUCCUCCACUAAUGUUGGGAUGAUUGUCGGCGCCACCGUGGGCUCGGUCAUCGGCUUCAUCUUCCUCCUCCUCGUCUGCCUGGUUUUCGUGAUGAAGAGGCGGAGAGAGAGUGAGGACGACAUGGCUAACGAUAUCAAGGAGGAUGCUCAGGCUCCUAAGCGUGUGUCCUGGGCUAAGAGCGGCAUGGGUUCUGAUAUCAUCUCCAAGAACGGCACCCUGUCCUCCAUCGCCUCUAGCCCACAUCACAAAGAGCCCUCGCUCCACGGCAGCAGCAACCACCACCACCUGCAGCAGUACCCCCAGCGCCCCCCGUCCGACACCGCCUCCAUCAUCACAGCCACGGGCAGCACAGCCGGCUACCGACCGUCCCGCCACCACGGAGCCUCCACCCCUACCCACUACAGCUUCAACAACAACCUGCCGCGUGGACACCAUGGAUCCUCAGGGGCCAGCACCAAUGGGGGCUCUCUACCCAGACCGGAGCGCUACGCCCAGCUGCCCCAGGCCCAGGCGCUCCCGCAGACCUACGGUCAGUCUCAGAUGCAGCUCCAGCCGGCUCCCUCCCCUCCACCGCCGCCCACAUCUGGAGUCACAACCUCCAACAUCACCAGGAUGGGAGGGGUGCCUAUUAUGGUGCCUGCGCAGAACCAAGCCGGAUCUCUGGUGUAA